AUGAAACGAAUGAGUUCCGAGAGAGAAGAUUCGCAUCUUUCUGAUAGCAGUGAAAAGCCUUUUGAAGGUGCAAAAACAACCACCGAACAUCAUCAUACAGAUUCUGAAAUGACCAGUAACAAAAAAACAAAGAUGAAUGAUCAUUCAUCCUCCUUUUUCCAAUCCGAGCUUGAAAAGAAUUUAGUAAAAAUUCAAUUAGUGGACUUGGGCCAUGAAGUUGUCUCUUCCGAAUUAUUCACUAAAUUUAAAAAUCAUAUGAGAGAUCCCGUGAUUGCAAGAUUUAAAUUACUUCUUUUGGGUAGCCGACUGGUUGGAAAAACAACAUUUAUCAAUUGUUUCAACAUUGAUCCAAACUCCGUUCAACAGCUUCCUGAAAUCAAUACAACCAUCUAUCCCAUCACAUUUGCAACUCCUAAAGGUAAAAUUUGUUUUCAGGUUUGGGAUUAUCAAAACGAUAAUAGACAUUUCGAUGAUGACGGCGAGAGUAUUCCGAAAGAGUUUUAUCAAAACGCUCAUUGUGCCAUCCUCAUGUUUGACACGACUUUACGAAUGUCAUACAAAGUAAUUCCUCAAUAUUAUCGAAAGGUUCAAGCCUUUUCCAACCAGCAACAAACCAUACCUAUUGUAUUGUGUGGAAAUAAGGUUGAUUUCAUUGAUCGAAAAGUGAAAAGGAGGCAUAUUUGGUUCCAUCGAAAAAAGAAUAUCGCGUACUAUGACGUGAGUGCGAAAGGAAAUUAUUGCAUUCAAAAUCCAUUCUUGAGUUUGGCUCGACAAUUGUUGAAGGAUCGAGAUUUCACAUUUGACAGCAGUGCUUUCAUCUCCUGUACCAACCUCAAACCGCCAAAUGUGAUCAUUGAUUCCACACGUAUUGAAAUAAUGGAAAAGGAUCACAUGUAUUAUGAUGGCUUUCCAUUACCAGAUGAUGAUGAUGAGUUAUAA